GCUAUGCUCGUUGUUCUAUACACGUUUCUGGUUGCAGCGUCGGCUGUAUCGUGCACGGUGUAUGUAUCGAACCCAAUCGACAACCAGCUUCCACUUAUCGCACGGAUUGGUCAAAAAUUCUAUUGGUCUUUCUCUUCCACAACAUUUACCUCAGAUACGAAUAAUACUUUAUCUUAUACCGCUUAUAAUUUACCCGGCUGGUUAACCUUUAACAAUGCUACUCGAAGUUUCUCUGGCACUCCACAAGCUCAAGACGAGGGAACCCCUGAGCUGAGUGUAACCGCACAGGAUUCUCACUCGUCUGCUACCUCCACAUUCUCUUUUUGCGUCACACCCUAUCCACCCCCCACGCUGGAACUUCCGAUAGAGAAGCAAUUUUAUGCAGGAAAUCCUUCUUUGUCCUCCGUAUUUUUUCUGGCACCAGAAUCAGCUUUGGCAACAAGUAACCCAACCUUGCGAAUCCCACCUAGCUGGUCAUUUAGCGUUGGUCUUGAAGGUGACACUUACACCUCCCAAAACGAUCUUUACUACGAUGCCCUGCUUAUAGACGGCAGUCCUCUGCCCGACUGGAUUGACUUUAACACUGAAACGUUUACUUUCGACGGUGUUGCCCCUCACAAAGACGCCAUUGCAGUUCCAUAUUUGUUAUCUAUAGCAUUGCAUGCAUCUGAUCAACAAGGGUAUACAGCUGAUAUCCUUCCUUUUGAUCUGGUCAUCGCAGAUCAUGAGUUGUCCUCGGUGUCCUCUCUGCCGACGAUCAACAUAACUGCCGCUUCGCCUUUCAGCGUGGCCUUGGUAUCUCCUGCGGACUUCUCUGGGAUUCUCAUGGACGGACAGCCUAUACAACCUGCCAAUAUAACUGCCCUGUCUAUCAAUCUCACUCCUUAUGCCGAGUGGUUGAAGUACGAUCCGGCCAAAAUGACACUUUCUGGGAAGCCUCCUGAUAAUAUCCAGGAACACGCAGGAACACCAUUACCUGUCGCUCUCACAUCAAACUUCAACCAGACCAUACGUAGCGACAUCUCUUUCGCAGUCGUACCAUCUUUUUUCUCCUCGUCAAAUUUGGGAAGUAUCGUCGUUGAUCCUGGACAGAAGGUACAAUUUGAUUUGACGUGGUACUUCUCGAAUGCCACGGACAGUGCGAACAAACAUAGCGACGUGAACCUCACCGCAAUCUUCAUCCCAAGCCAAGCCGGUAGCUACCUCAUCUUCGAUCCUGUCACUGCAGAGUUAACGGGGAAAAUCCCGAGUGAUUCCAACGUGUCUGAAAUCACGGUUUCGCUAACCGCGUAUUCAAACAUGACUCACUCGACGUCCCAUACGAGUUUGACUAUCACAUCAUCUUCUGCGGCUAAUAAGCAAGGUGGUCCCCAUCACGGAAUCGGUUCGAUGUCCCCAAGUGCACGUAAAAGGCUGAUAUUGAUCCUUUCUGUUGUCUUCGGGGUGAUCGGCGGUAUAGUGGGACUCCUUAUCUGCUUGGCCCUAUUCAGGCGCUUUGCGAGAGUCCGUGAUACUGCACUUGAAGGCGAGGAAGGAACUCGGGCGUGGACAGCGGAUGAGAAGAAGUGGUAUGGUAUUGGUGUGGAAACUUCAGGAGGGAGAAGUCGAGGUUUCGCCAAUUUGGGUCUCGGCCUUCGCCGCAUUUCACCUCGAAGUCCUUCACUCGAAGCCCAUAGCCAGCAGUAUGGGGUAAUGAGAAAAAAGGAGUUCCUUGGGAAAAUAAAAGAAACGGCGAGGAAUGUGAGCGACAGGUACAAGCGCAAAGUCGAAGGACCUAAACGACCUAAAAUCGGUAAUCCUGUUCUUAUUGUUCCAGACGAUGACCCAAGGACUGCGAUUGAUGGGCUGCCGUUCGAAAACAAAGUCCUGGAUAUCUCCAAAGGGUUACCUUCAGGGUCUGCGUCCAUGCUAAAUCAAAGGGACCUGAGGGCAUACCGAACAAGUACCAUUGCAAGCUUCACGGCUUCACCGUCUUCGUCCACCGGAGAAAGAUCAAUUCCGAGGAGAAGAGCGGACUUUGCACCUCCAAAAUCACCAAAAGGUCCCAGAGAGCCACCACAAGUCCACGUGAAGGAUUUUUCAGGACAAAGAAGAUCGUUGAUCUCGAACUCUUCUGCACGCACACACGUUACGGAACCCGUACACAGUGUCGUUAGAGAGGUGAGCUUGAGGAGCACGAAGAGUGCCAGCGUCCUAUCUCUUGAAUCACAUGUGGCGAAUAUUCAAAUUGGCGAAGAACGGCCUCGUUUGAUGCCAUUUACGCAUGCAGCGCGAGUCCCUGUGCCCAGAUCACUUUCUGGAGGUCUGCAAGUUGAGAGCAAAGAUCAAACGAAGAGAGUAACAAGUCAGACCGCGAAGGUUUUCAAGGAGUUAGAAGGCAGUAUGGACGAACUCCGUAUGGGCAUGCACUACGUCCGCGCUUUGGGUGGGGACAAACGGACUUCAGAAAACGGGCGUUCUACAUCAGAUAAAUCGUUCUCGUCCCUGGAAUCUUCUCAACACGGUCAUGGACAAGCUGGGACUUUAAAAGAGAACACAAUUUCUAGAAUUCUCGUGCGUACGGGAGAAAGAUUCAAAUUCCGCAUUCCUAUUAAAUCAUCGAAUACUGUAUACCGUAAAGUCGAAGCGAGGUUGGUGUCGGGGCAGGCUCUGCCAGGAUUUCUGCAGCUGGAUUUCAAGGGGAGUGGGGUAGGUGUUAAGGACAAGAAGAUGGUUGAAUUUUUCGGUGUACCGACAGAGAAUGAUAUUGGUGAAGUGCAUGUGGGAGUGUAUACGAUCGAGGACGGGGAUUGCUUGGCAAAAGUUAUUGUAGAGGUGGUAGGAAGGAGUUAGAUGAAAUUCCGAGGACUGCCAGAGCUGGGCUCACACGAACAUCAUACUUCACAAUAGAGG